AUGCAGCUGAAGCCGGGGGGCCGGCCGGCGGCGGCCCUCCUGCUAGUGGUUUUGGUGGCAGGGAGUGGGCCACGGGCAUUGGAAAUGAGCCCCUCACUGAACACCCCAACCUCUGGAGCACCAAAUUCCAGUUUGGGCCAGAACCCCCGCCAAAGAAUGCCCCGGAGCCAGGAGUGCUCAGCUUCCCAUUUCCUGGACAAGUCCAGCAAGUUGUGCUGCCAGAAUUGCCCAGCAGGUCACUUCCUGGUGACUCCAUGCAGCAGCUUCGGGGGUCCUUCCUCUUGCCAGCCCUGCCGCCAGGGCACCUACCUGCCCAAAGAGAGUUACAAUCAGGAAUGUUUCCGCUGCCAAGAGUGUGACAAGGCAGCCCUGCAGGUUGCGAUCGAAAACUGCUCGGCCACGGGGAACACGCGCUGCGGUUGCGCGCCCGGCUGGUUCAAAGAAUGCUCGGUGAACCGCUGCGAGGACGGCUCCCCCUUCUCCUGCCGCCUCUGCCCAGACUGCCACCAGCUCCACCGCCUCAGCCAGGGACCCAACUCUGCUCAGUGCCCUUCCUCCCCUGGAGCUCUCGCCCUUCCCCGCAACAUGGAGCCGGGGUUGAUUCUAGCUUCUGAGGCGUUCUCCAACUGCGGACCCUGCUUCCCCGGCUUCUAUGAGGACCAGGAUGGCUGCUCCCCAUGUCCCACGAAACCGUUUGACAGCUGCCCACAGGCCUGUGCAGGAUACUGCUCCCAGCUGGGGUCCUGGGUGCCGCUUACUGUAACCGGGCUGAUGGUGGUGCUGCUUUUGCUUGGGGGAACCCUCACCUACUGCUACUGGAAGCGUCGCCCCCCUCAGUCUCCCAUCCAUGGGAAUCACGUGGCAGAUGAAGCUGUGACAGAAGCACUGGCCCCGUCGUGGGCCCCUGUGCCGCUGCUUGUGGAAAGCCCCCCGACCCUCCCUGCCCUGGCCACCACGUCCAGCCAGCAGAAGGUCUGCGACCUCCAGCUGCUGGGGAACAGCUGCGUUGCCAGCGCCCCACUGGCCCAAGAGGCUCCCUGUCCGGAGGACAAGUGGCUCCUGCCCUGGAGCCAGCUGCCCGCUGGCAGAGGAAGCGGCCCGGCGGCCGGAUUGCUUCUGCAGCCGGGCCCGCAGCUGUACGACGUGAUGGACGCGGUGCCGGCGCGGCGCUGGAAGGAGUUUGUGCGGACCCUGGGGCUGCGGGAGGCGGAGAUCGAGGCGGUGGAGGUGGAGGUCGUGCGCUUCCGCGACCAGCAGUACGAGAUGCUCAAGCGCUGGCGCCAGCAGCAGCCCGCCGGACUGGGGGCCGUCUACGCCGCGCUGGAGCGUAUGGGCCUGGACGGUUGCGCCGAGGAGCUCCGCAAGCGCCUGCAGCGCGGGCUCUGA